AAAAGCAGCGUUCUGAUUUGACUUCAUCGCGUGGCUGCAUCAUGACUGGAAGAGCCGUCCUGUUGCUCCUGCUGCUCGCCUGCGGGGCCACAGCUGCGCCAGUGGGACAGCUGUCUUGCCCCAACACAGGUGAGGCCAUGAUGUGCCCCAUGGUGUGGACUCCCCUCUGCGGCAGCGAUGGAAGGACCUAUUCCAACGAGUGCAUGUUGUGCGCCGAAAGACAGCGGACGGGGAUGGACAUACAAGUGGCCAGACAGGGAACCUGCAUCGUCAAAGCGCAGCAUCUCACGUCUCACAAGUCUGUUUCCGCCUGGUGAACAAUAAAGCAGCAGCCCACGUUGUAUUGAGUUCUUAAUAAACACGAUGGAAACCGACAACAAGCUGCAGAGCUGGGGUCAGUUUUCAUCAGGUCCCAGUCAGAUGGCUGCUUCCUGGACAAGUCCUGAUUUCCUAGUGACUCAGUGUCAGCUAGGGCUGCGCGGUGUGUGAGUGGUUCCUGUUGCAGGCCCACAGCAAGAUAGUUACUGUGGUUUUCUCCCAAACAUUUCGGCAUCUGUCUGUGCACCGAGACUCUCUGUUUUGUGAAUUCUUCUCCAAAAUAUCCCCAAGUGUGUAAACAGGAAAACACAGUUAACCAGGGGCAUAUAAACUUUCGGUCAUCUCUGAAAACAAAUACCUGUUUGCACUCUGAGUAACACUGUGUGAAUCAAUAGUGCGUGCGUGUGUGUGUGCGUGUGUGCGUGUGAGUGCGUGUGUAAGAAUGAGCCAAAGGUCGUCAGCGACAGUGACGUUGUGAAUCCAGGAAACAGAAGCGAAAUCCAGUGUAGCCUCCUCAAUUUCAAUGAAAAGGCAGCAAUUGGAGCUCCAAUGGAUCAAAGGGAUGAAAAGUGAGUAGAUGGGUGAACUGUUCUUGUCAAAUGAACCUGAUAAAGCAUAUGCUGAUACGGAUGUGAUAGAGAUUUGGUGCCACUUCUCGUCAUGGUUGCAUAAUAAAUCGCUUAUUUUGCAUAAUCCAUACUUUCCGUUGCGAGACGCUGUGCGAUCACUUGAGCUGUGUGUGUGUCUUCCUUCCAGUGACAUGGUCGUCGAGGAUUGCCAGAAUGGAGUUUACCUUGACCUCUUUCUGCAUGUGUCGCUCGUCCCCGCAGUGCUGAUAACAGUCGUGCUCUCGUCCCUGCAAAGGCGAGCAAACAUUCAAACCAUUGAUCACAAGCUUCCUUUCCUCAGAGGACGUUUCGCGAUCGUGAUACCUUUAGACACGAUUGGCAGCCUCAGUAACCGCUGGUCCUAUGGGUUCGCCUACGGUGUUGUCUCCUACAGCGUCCUGCUGCUUUUCUCAGAGACAUAUGUCCCUUUCACGGUUCCAAAGUGGGCCAAAGCUCUGGUGUAUCUUAUCGGAGCUUUGGAGGUCGGCAUGGUGAACUUCCCUUUCUUCGCGUGUUUGUCAACACCUUUUCGGACAGUCGGUGCGGUGCUGGGGAUACUGUACUCUAUGUCAUGGAUCAUCGUCACUGUUUGGGACACUUUCACCUGUCCAGAUGAGAAGAUUUUGGGGAACCGUAAAAUCAUCGUCCAGUGGCCCUGCAUCCUGUCCCUGGUCUUUCUUCUGGGAAGAUUCUUCUACAUGCUCAUCAAAGGAGUUCGUAUACAGCUAGAGCUGGAACCACCCGACUCUGAUGAGAUGGUGGACAAGCACCAGCUGAAGCAUGUGAAGAGACUAUUGAGGAAAACAUCGGAUGACAAAGGGCAUCUCAGCUGGUUCCAAAGAAAAGUGUAUGAGUGGGAUCCGCACUUCAAGUUCCCCAACCGGAUCAUCGGCACGGCCAUCGUUUCCGUCAUCGGCCUUUACGCGAUGACUCUGGCUGACUACAGUGUGAGCAGUCUGGUGUUUGGUCAAGCAGACAGGUGGAAGGACACGCUCAAGCAUCUGGUCACGUCGUGUAACCAGAGUCAAGCUAUUGGCCUGGUGCCGGAAUUGGAAGAAUUCAUCGACGUGGCCCGCAAGACCUGGCUUGCUACCACUGUCUUUGCAAGUCUCAAUUCCUUGGUUUACAUCUUGCAUGUGCUGGCCUGCUACCGGAAACACUUACAGAGACUGUGGAAAGGAGAAAAGGCCUUCAUUCCAGACAAACUACACACUGCUAAAUCUGCCACCAACCUUACUUCCAUUGCGCGCUACUCUGGAUGGCAAGUUGCAUUCACAAUGUGGGGUUACCUCAUCGUCCAUUUUGUCCACUUCCUCGUUGUCCUGUUGUUUGUGUACGUUUUUGUCAUACCCAUAAAGCACGGAAGGGCGGUCAGCAUGCUCAAGAGUCUUGGCACGGUGAUCCUGACCAUCGGUUUGGUGAUCGGCACCUUCAUUCUCCAGAUGGUUCUGGUGCAGAUUUUCUUUCUCCGGGAAAAACUGUCUCCCACUGAUAAGUACAAACCUCUGGCUAUUGACAACAAGAAAGCAUUUGACUGCUUCAAUUACUUUUUCUUCUUCUACAAUGUGGUGAUGGGCUUCAGCACCUGCAUCUUGAGGCUGAUUUUCAGUGUCAUGGUGGGAACGUGGCUGAUCUCUCGUAUAGACCGCACCAUCAUGCAGAGAGGGUACGAGAGAAUGGAUGCAGGCUACAGGACCUGGAUUGGGAUGAUCAUUGCGGAUCACUAUCAUAACAACCCAACGAUGGUGUGCUUCUGUCAGCUGCUGAUCUCAAACACUCUGGAGAAGCAAACAACACGCUCAUACGUCACUUUUGACAGCACAGCAGCUGAUGGCUCAGUGAACAGUCGGGCCAAAAGACGCUGGGCUUUGUUCUACACCUUGCUGAGGAACCCUCACCUGAUCCUUCAUAGGAAGCACCAUCUUUCCUCUGCAGCGCUGAAUCUGCCUGCUGCUCAGAUGGAUACGGCAGUGCGGGCUUGGGUCAUGACCUCACAGUUACAGGUCCAACAGUCAGUACUGCUGCCGGAAAUCAUCGUCACGCAGGACGAUGAUUGUUAGAUUCUAACUGAUUCUGGGAAACGCCCCUUCUUCUUCAUCCUGUCUGUCUGCUUGCUUUUAAGGCUGCUGGUAUAGGACAGAUUGAUAUAUAGAUGGCAGUGUGCCUGUGAAAGGUCAUUUUAUAGUUGACCUGAGCAUAACACAGUUGAAGGUCAAAUCCAGGAGUUUCCCUCUAACUGUGCCUCUUUGAAUGAGGAAUCUGAAUUUGCUGUCUCACCUGCCUUUACAAGUAUAUUCCGAAAAAUAAUCAUGUAUGCAUUGUUGUGGGGAAAAAUAUAUAUUAAUUUAUUUUUGUUUUUCGCUACACGUAUCAUUGGUGAAUAAUAAAGUAAGUUAUUGUGUGUUGUAUAAUUGCCUGAUCUGAAUUG